GGGUGGGACUUGGAGAAGGGGGCGGGGCCUGUGAGUGGAUAAGGGAGAGAGGGAAGCAGAGAGAGAGUUCUCCGUACUAUCAACAGCUACAACACAUAUUUAUCUACACAGCUAGACAGAAAGCCCAGGACAAUGAGCGUAAAUGGAAAAGAACCUCCACCCUACAACAUACCAGUUGAAGGACAAGGUGAUAGUGGGGUGAAGGUAUAUCAUGUCCAUACCCCCUUCAACCCUCCUUCCUCCACCAUCCCCUCCAAUAACUACUCUGUGUUUCAGUCUCAGUCUCAGGGAAAGCCAGUGUACACCAGUGGAGGAGGUGGUAUUGGAGGAGGUGGUGAAACUCCCACUCAGAAGUUUGUGAGUUAUGACACAGAACUGGGCCGUUCAGAGGGCAUGACCACCUGUACUUCCUGUCAACAACAGGUGAUGACGAACGUGACCUAUAAAGUCGGAGCCUACGCCUGGCUCAUGUGCAUCCUCUUCAUCCUCUGUGGGUUGGUAGUGGGCUGCUGUCUGAUCCCGUUCUUCAUGAAACACUUUAAGGAUGCGUACCACUCCUGUCCUCGUUGCAACCGCAUUAUCCACGUGGACAAGCCACGCUGCUGCUGACCACCCUACCACCACCCACCACUAGGAGAGCUGCUGCUGACUGCCAUACCACCACCCACCACUAGGAGAGCUGCUGCUGACUGCCAUACCACCACCCACCACUAGGAGAGCUGUUGCUGACUGCCAUACCACCACCCACCACUAGGAGAGCUGCUGCUGACUGCCAUACCACCACCCACCACUAGGAGAGCUGUUGCUGACUGCCAUACCACCACCCACCACCAGGGGAGCUGCUGCCGACCGCCUUAACCCCACCCGCCACUAGGGGAGCUGCUGCUGACUGCCAUACCACCACCCACCACUAGGAGAGCAAUUGCUGACCGCCAUAACCCCACCCACCACUAGGGGAGCUGUUGCUGACUGCCAUACCACCACCCACCACUAGGAGAGCUGCUACUGACCGCCAUACCACCGCCCACCACCAAGGGGAGCUGGUGCUGUGGCCAAUAUGCUUUACUACCAGCAGGGGAGCUGUGGCUCUGCUCUCAGUCUGACCACUGGCCACUCUCUCGGUCUGGAUUCCAUUAGGAGUGCACCAGUACAGUGAAAUGCUUUUCUCACAGAAAACAUGCUCCCUUUCCCUCAUGCACCCACAGCUCGGUGUAGGAAUUUGAGAGUGGUUAUAUUUAUCCAGCCCCAUCCCUCAGCUGUUUACCAAUGCAGUGGCGGGGUCAGGGUGACCGUUUUUUGGUAGUUCUUUGAAUUGCAGAUUGCCCUUUUAAAUUUCGGGUUUCAAUACGGCUCUUAUCUACACUCUUUCAGAACAGCGAGGGAGAGGAAAAGGGGGGGAUGUUUUCAGAAUGGAAUCCAGCCGAAGGAAGAGACCCCCUAGCAGCAGCCCCACAGAAACCUACAGGAUUUACACAGUCGUAGGAUGAAUCCACAAAAUGGCACCCUAACUCCCUAUACAGUGCACUACGUUCGCGAGGGAGCUAGUACAAAAGUAGUCCACUACAUAGGGAAUAGGGUACGAUUUGGGACGCACUUUAGUUUUAAAUGCUGACCUAACUUACUGUACCAGAGGGUUGUAAAAUAGUAUGAAUCUGUGACCUAUUUUUGUAAAAUAAAAAUAAAAACAAGCUAGCAGGUGAAGACGUGGUAGAGCUCAACCUGGGCCUUGUUCACAAAGGGAGCAGGGUCGCACAGUUCUAGUAACUCACCCAGGUUUCCCACAAACCCCAGGUUGGGAAUAUCAGAAGGGAAGAGGGUAGCCUGGGUACCAGUCUGUUAAGAUAUCAUUCCACUCUUUGUUCUUGGCAAACAUGGCUUGACAAAGAGUGGAAUGUUAACACACAAACAGACUGGAUUUCUCCAGGCUAGGAAGAGGCAGAACAUACGGGAAUACGCCAACCGGGAUGUCUGAUUGGUUACCGGACUACUGCAAGCCCGUUGAGUAACCUUAUACAGAACCUGCAGAUAGAAAUGUGUUGUGUAGAACAGACAUGAUUGCCUGGUAAAUGUCUAUCUAUAUUCCCGUUGAGUAACCUUAUACAGAACCGUCAGAUAGAAAUGUGUUGUGUAGAACAGACAUGAUUCCCUGGUAAAUGUCUAUCUAUAUUCCCGUUGAGUAACCUUAUACAGAACCUUCAGAUAGAAAUGUGUUGUGUAGAACAGACAUGAUUCCCUGGUAAAUGUCUAUCUAUAUUCCCGUUGAGUAACCUUAUACAGAACCUUCAGAUAGAAAUGUGUGUAUCUGUCGGUUGGUCAACCCAGGGCCUUAAUCAAGGGAAUAUAGAUAGUAAUGUAUACAUUUUACCAGGGAAUCAUGUCUGUUCUACACAACACAUUUCUAUCUAUAUUCCCUUGAAUAAGGCCCUUGGUUGACCAACCGACAGACAACGAGCCCAAUAUUCAGAUAAUGAUCAUUAUAGCUAUGAUUCCUACAUUCGGGCGUCAUUUAGUGCUCUCCCCAGGUCUUCCCCCCCUUUCAGAAAGCUGUUAUGUACAUAAAGGACUGAACUGGGUGUUUUACCUUAAUUUAAAAUUAACCAAAUAUGAUUUUAUUGAGAAAACUCAUCAUUCUAACUGUCAACUACAAUGACGUGCAACAGCACCACACAGCUGACCUGAUGUUCUGUUAUAUUGUGUAACAUCACAUAGCUGACCUGAUGUUCUGUUAUAUUGUGUAACACCACACAGCUGACCUGAUCUGUUAUAUUGUGUAACACCACACAGCUGACCUGAUGUUCUGUUAUAUUGUGUAACAUCACACAGCUGACCUGAUGUUCUGUUAUAUUGUGUAACACCACACAGCUGACCUGAUGUUCUGUUAUAUUGUGUAACACCACACAGCUGACCUGAUCUGUUAUAUUGUGUAACAUCACACAGCUGACCUGAUGUUCUGUUAUAUUGUGUAACACCACACAGCUGACCUGAUGUUCUGUUAUAUUGUGUAACACCACACAGCUGACCUGAUGUUCUGUUAUAUUGUGUAACACCACACAGCUGACCUGAUGUUCUGUUAUAUUGUGUAACACCACACAGCUGACCUGAUGUUCUGUUAUAUUGUGUAACACCACACAGCUGACCUGAUGUUCUGUUAUAUUGUGUAACACCACACAGCUGACGAGAAAUGGAGUACUGUUAUAUUGCUUACAUAGAUUAUAUGCCUCUAAUAAAAUAUAUUAUCACUUUU